UAUUGCACAAAAUCGAACCAAAUCAAACUUAACAGAGCUGUCUGCAAGAUGUUCAGUUAACAUUUACAUUGAACUCGCACUUUAACAUAGCACCAACACGAGCUGGUCACACUGCAGUGCUCUGGCGGCCGGCACAGCUUUAGUUUCAGUUUAGAAAUUCAGAACGUAAACGUCCAGCAAAAUUUAUUCGAACACCCGCGAAAUUCUCUUUUGUUUAAUGUAAACAAAGUGCAUUGUUUUUAAUUAAAUUAAAGUUUUAUUGUACAAAAAAAGUAAAACCACCAAAAAUAUGUCGGACAACAUCUUAAAUCGUAACUAUUCGGAGGAUGACGACGCCAGCGAUGUGAUCGCUGCCACUGAGUCAAACAUUUCGAAUGAGGUUGGCAAGCGCAUCUGGCAGCCAACUGUCCAGGACGGCACCGCUGGCGUCUGGGAGCCACCGGAGAAGCCCCUGCCCGAUGUCGUGGGUGAACCCCUAAUGAGUUCCGAGGCCAAGGAUAUAAAUGAGUCUGCCUCGAAAUUUAUACGCGAAGUGGAGCGCUCUCUCUAUUCCGACAACAGCAAGGAUCCGGAAAGUGACUCCGAAGAGUACUUCAAGGCUGCCGAGAACUAUUCGCUAUAUGGCGACUGUUUUAUGGACUUCCCCAAGAACCCGAAUGAGCAGCCCACAAAACCGCCGCCAGGGUUCGAGCCAAAGUCCAAUCUCGCCUCGGCAGUCUUCCAAGGCAAUCAGGUUGCGGCAGGAGCUGAAGGAACUGGCGGGCAAGGCUACUCGGGAGUAAGUUCUGCUCAGGGACCCACCUCUUCCGGCAUAGGCGGCUUUCCGUUGCCACUGCCGAAUGCGAAUCCGCAGAUGUUAUCCCCAGCACCGCCGAUGCCUCAGGCGCUGCCCCCACAUCAAUUUUCGCCAGAGAUCAUGGCUAGAGCCAUAGCCGAGCUAACAGCUCUGGCUGGAGCCGGAACUCCCGUCGACACUGGAGUGCUAUUGCCGAAUGCCUCGCAAAUAUCCAUGGCGCAGCUUUGCCAGCAGCUUCAGGCUCAGCAGCAGCUCCAGGCUCAGCAGCAACUUCGGGCUCAGCAGCAGCAGCAGCAGCAGGCGGCCAAUCAAUUGCGGCAACGACAGCAGCAGCAGCAACAGCAGCUACAGGCCAAUCAGCUGCUCCAGCAGCAGCAGCAGCAGCAACAGGUGUCCAAUCCUGCCCUCGCUGCUGCCGCCAUGAUGUAUGCCAAUCUCGAGCUGCAGACGCAGGUGAACUUGCGUCAAAUACAACUGCAGAGGCUGUUCCAACAGCAACAACAGCUCACAGCACGUGGCGUCUAUGGGAAUAAUGGAAACGGGGCACAUUGCACGCCGCCCAAAGAUCAUUCCUCGGGUGCUGGUCGCAACUAAGCAGAAGACGAUUUUCUGGGCACACAAAAAAAUUUGCCUGUACUUCGCAAGAAAUAUUUUAUACAAUCUUUGAUUCAAAAUAUGUUUUAUGUUUUAAUUUCAAACCAAACUCGAAUGUCGAAUCCAACAAACUUUCAGACUUUACACUGCUAAAACAAUUUCUCAACAUUCGAAAAAGUCUGCGAUGGUCAGGAAGAAAUUGUCUUCUGUUUUAUACAAGAAAUAAUUAUAAAUCGAAGAGCUUUGCGGGCAGAUUUUUAAAAACUUUUAAAUAGAUUCUAACAAAUAAUAAUCACAACUGUACAACUUUUAAGCGUUAAUUCCGUAUUGUUGUGCCUUUUGCAAUAGACUCAAAAUUGUAUACAAUAGAUUGAAUUCUGCAACUAAAUUUCUAUAAUUUCAAAAAUAAACAUUUUGCACCCCCAU